AUGUCAUAUUCUAAUAUGGAUUCCUUAGCAUACAACCUGCGCUCCCUUGAUGUCAACACUGUUCAGAAUAGUACUGAUGGUAUAAAUUUGACGGGCUUCAAUCCUCAUGAUCCUGGCCAUAAGACUGGUAAUACGGCUGCUGAUAAUGGUAAUGCUAGUAUUGGUACACCUGCAACUCCAUCCACACCUGGAAAUUAUCCUUUGGGCAUGCAAGGACCCAAUCCUAACCAAUACCAGAUGCAAUUCCAGCCUUUGCAGCAACUGAACAGGACCUCGUCAUUAAUUGAAAAUAUGGGUGUCCAGAGAGCUUCAUCUCCAUUUUUAGCUAGAUCACAGUCCAAUUUAUCUGUGUUUCAAAACAGUACUCCGGUGAAUAGCUCUGUUGGGAAUAAUAUAUUGUCUCCAUCAGGUGAUGUACCUUCCAUGAAUCCGAAUAUGAACAUGAACAUGAACAUGAACAUGAACAUGAACAUGCACAUGAAUUCUGCAACACCUACCAAUGCACAGGCUUUAGAGAAGGAUUGGUUUCAACAACAGUAUCCUCAACGUUCUCAGUUGCAAAGACCAAAUGUUCUUCCACAGCAAUCAAACCUGUACUCGCCAUUGUCUCAGCAGCAUACUCCGGUCGCUUUUAAUAAUUCUGCACAGAUUCAGCAACCAAAUAUGGCAAUUGGCUCGCAAUCCUCAAUUGGCAAUCAUAUGGGAAUGGCCCCACCGCCACCACCCCACUUUGUGAUUACUGAGUCCCAGUGGAAAUAUAUCGAUCCAUCCGGUCAAUUACAAGGACCAUUCCGCUCUUCAGAAAUGACAACCUGGUAUCACUUAGGUUACUUAGCCUCUACCUUGGAGAUAGCAAGGGUACCAACUUCACCAGAACCGUUGGAUAUCAAUGACAAAUUCAUCAAGAUUUCAGAUUUGAUCGAAAAGGUUCACAAUGCCCAGGAACCAUUCCAGACAUUUGAUUUCAUUGUUGCACAAUCAUCUAAUAUAUCAAAACCGCCUGGAUUAGCAACGAACGCCAAUUUUUUGAACACUAUCAAUCCAGAUCCAGCACUGAAUGUUGGCCAACAACUAAAUGUUAGUCAAAAUAUUCGGCAACAACAACAACAGCAACAAGUUCCAACACAGCCCUUGGUUCCUCUACCUCAAACAAUUAAAGUUAAGAAACAAGCUGUUGAUGCAAUUGAUAGAAUAGAAAGUCCUGAUUAUAAUUUUGAAGAACUUUUAAAUUUGAGGUCUACUGAAAAGGAUAAUGAGUAUUACUAUAGAGAGACUACUAUCCGUGUACCUGUAAAUAGGCAUUUGAUUAAAAAGCUGGAUCCAAACGAAAACGUAAACACCACUCAGUACAACGUCUUUCCUCCAAUUACCUAUGACCUCGGUAUUUUGGAACAGCUAAAGCUGCAAGGUGAAUAUGAUGCAGCACAGAAAAAGCAGCAUGCUGAAAAACAAGAAAAUAAACCAAUGGUUGAGGAAGAUAUGAAGUCUAAUACAACUACUGAAAAGGUGAAGUCCAAGGAUGUGUCUAAGCCAGCAGAUAGCGAUACAAAAAUUGUCUCGAAUACUUCUGAAGACAAUGCUGAUCAAAUUGACAAGCAUAAGCUAGAAGAAAAGCGUAGAAUUGAAAAAGCUAAUGAGAUGGCUAGAAAAUUGCUAGAAGAGCAAGAAAAAGAAAAUGAAAGCAAAAAGAGGAAGGAGCAAAAGCAAUCUAAGAAACAAAAGAAAAAAGCAGAACAAAAAUUAGUACCUACUACAGAAACUGAAACCAUUAGUGACAAUAAGAAUGAAGAACUUAUUGAAGUUCCUAAUAGACAGAACGAAGAAAAUAACCAAAGUGAACCACAGAUCACUACCAAACCCGCACCCUGGGCUAACAAAAAUACAGCUGUUCAAGUUGAUAGUAUUCCUACUAUUGAAGAGCUACAGAAACUAAAACAAUCUAAGAAGAAAGCAUCUAGUAAAGAUCCAGAUGUACGUAACAAAUUGUUGCAAUUGCAUGAGGAGAUUAUGCAGGAAGAAAGAUCAAAGGAGAAAAUGACAUCGGUGCUGAAGUGGGCAGAUAAAUCCUCAAACUCCCAACCAUCUUCCAGUAUUGACCUUAAAGAACAAGUUAAGAAUAGUAAGAAAAACAGGAACUCGCCGGCGCCAAUUGCAAAUAAGUUGCCUACUUUAGGUAGUGGUUUGGAAGAAUUAAAAAAUCCAACUUUUAUUGAGGAACAAAAACAAAUAUGGGAACAAAUACAGAAGGCACCACAAAAAGGUAAAAAAACUGAUAUAACAUCUAGCUUAUUGUCCAGCAAUAGUUCAACACGUUCCGCAACUAGUACCGGAUCUAACCCAUGGAAAACAGUUGCCAGUCAAUCAUCACAGGCGGUAAACACCUCUGCCGGUACGCCACCUGUGAAGCCUGUAGUCUCAAAGGCUAAUUCGACAUCUACGAGCUCUGUAAACAGCCUUAACAGAGGCAAGCAAAUUGGCUCAUCCACAGUAAACCCAAUUAUGAAGGCAAGACAGCCAGUUAAUCUCUAUCCAGGAAAUUCUUCCAUUUCAGCUAGACAAGAGUUCAUUAAAUGGUGUAAAACUCAACUAAAAUUAAAGCAGGGUGUAAACGCUAAGGAUGUUCUAGAGGUUCUGUUGAGUCUUCCAGCCGGAUUAGAAGCUAAAGAAAUUAUUGCGGAUACGAUAUACUCCUACAGUGCUACCAUGGAUGGAAGAAGGUUUGCCACUGAGUUUAUUAGCAAAAGACUUGAGUGUGAGAGCCAAAUUAAGGAUCCACUAAACUGGAGCGAAGUGUUGGCUCUGCCUGAAGGUAGUAGUGACGACUGGGAAUUCCAGGUUGUAACUAAAAAGAAAACACGGAAAUAUUAA